AUGAAUCCCAGCAAUAGCUGGGAGAAUAUUGCUAUCACAUCCUCAAUCAAGCCAACAGUCCUCAAAACCAUGCAGUCAGUGUACCGAUAUCGGAACCUCAUUGUUCCUCUUCAAUUCGACAGGUGGUGGAACAGGCCUUGUUUUACAUACAAGGUCGAAGGGGACUCCUUUACGCCCAGCUCUAUCAUUCUCGAAUUUAACGAAGGGGAUUCUGACCAGCCUGUACAACGCACGCAUUUCAUGAUCUCCGUCGACCAACAGACAGUGUACGACGAGUUCAAAAACGAGGAUUUUGCUUGCCCAGAUGACGUCGUGCACGAGUUGCGGGAACUACAGAAUAUUGCUUUGAGGCAUGCUCGAGGACGUCAGCAGAGUAUUCUUCGUAUGAGGCAACAUCUUGCACAAAACGAGCAAGCAGCGAAGCAAAGGAAAGAGGAAGCGAUUCAGUCAUUCUACAAGCGCUUGGUAGAACAUCGAAUCAUUGAGCUUCAUGCCCUUCCCAGUCCACCCGAAGACAGUUGUCCAGUAUGCCAGAUGCUAGAGGCCCUUCCACAGCUCCGACGGACUCAAGCUCCAGCGAUGAUACGAGCAAUACCAAUCUGGGAAAGGGCAAACAAAAGGUUACAGCUCCUGCACAUCCUCCAGCGCUCGAGCCUUGUCCUAACCACCAUGGGUUCGUUUGGACGAAAUGCGGUGCGCGUGGCUGUUGGUCGAAAAAGGUGCCUAAAACGUUGUCGGGCUCUUACCGCCCCGCCAUUUGCCCCGCCUGUGAAGCCGAGCCCGGGCACAAAACUUGUUCUAACGAAUGUACCUGGAUUUGCGCUGCUUGCGCGUUCAAGAGAGUCAGGCCGAUUUGGAAUUGCCCUUCAUGCCACACCGCCCUGUGCAAUGAUUGUGGUGUGGCGAAACGUUGCUUUGGCUGCAAGAAGUCUGAGUGGUGCUCGACUUGCCGCGGCGAAUCCGACGGUGAAGAGGAAUCCGAUGAAGAAAAUGGCGAUCAACCAACCAGCAAGCCCUCCAAGGAAAUUGGAAGGACUGACUCUGGAUUUCUCAAACAAGAGGAAACAAAGUUUGAGUGGAUGUGCCAUAUAUGUGAAUCGGCUCUUUGCGAAACUUGCUCACGAAACACUAAACUCGCUAUCGUCUGCGAGUACUGUGAUGAAGGCUGUUGUCGUUCGUGCUUGGUUGCCGACGAGUGCUCUUUUUGUCGUGAAGACGUGA